UUUCGUUUCGUUCUUAACCUAGCAAAAUUUUCGGUACUCAUCCAUUCGCGUAAGAUUACAAGUCAAGUUACCAAUCAAGUUCGUUAUUUAGCUGAUCAGUGGUAACAAUUUCAAAAUAUAUAGAGUUUUGUGAUUGUAAAUGCAUUAUCAAAGAAGUGACGUGUGUAAGACAAACUAAGAUAUGCAUUUAGGUGGAGUUUUAUAUGUAUAUAAAGGAGAAUGGGGUCUGCCAUCAAUCGACUUCGAUUGCCUACGUGCUCUGUGCUUGGUUAAAUUUACACGAUGUCCGCUGCAAAUCGAAACAAAUGCUAAUCCCAUACGCUCAAGCACGGGGAAAUUACCAUACAUACAAAUUGGCAAUAAGAGGUUCUGUGGGUACAGAGAAAUCAAGAAGCUGUUGGAUAAAGAGGGCUACCCGAUAGAUGCCAAUCUGCCAGAGAACCACAAAUUGCUCUCACCCGCUUAUGCCAAUUGGGUUUUUACCAACCUUCAUUCAUAUUACUAUUAUUUCAUGUUCGGCGAACCUAACAACUUUGAUACUACACGCAGUCUGUAUGCUAAGAGAACAACGUUUCCAUUCAAUUUCUUUUAUCCAAGCAGUUAUCAGAGGGAGGCAUGUGAUAUUGUUAUGGUAAUGGGUGGUUUCGACCUGCGCGAUAAGCUGGAAAAUCAUGAUGCAGACUAUCUCAUUACGAAUGCUAAAAAAUGUGUGAAUCUUCUCUCGAAAAAAUUAGGAAAGAAAGUUUGGUUUUUUGGAGAUGUCUUUAGUGAAUUCGAUGCUAUCGUGUAUUCGUACUUAUCGGUACUUUUUAAAGCUACACUGCCCAAUAAUCCACUACAAAAUCACAUCAAAGGCUGUCAAAAUUUAGUGAAUUUUAUUAAUCGUAUAACAAAAGACAUUUUUAAAAAUGAAGGAUUCAAUUCACUCAAAACCAUCAAAAGUCAGUCAUCGAAUGAUCCCUUACUAACAGCCACAGAGCGACAUUUCUUGGAGUCUGAAAAGAAAACCAAAGUAUUGGCGGCAAUUGGCGCAGUUGUGGCUAUGGGCACAUUUGCCGCUUGGCGUGGCGUUUAUAAGCAGUUUUCAAAUUCCCGUCGUUAUUAUGAUGGCUUAGAAUAUGAAGAUGAUGAAGCGUUGGAAGACGACGAAAUGGAUUAAUGAUGCGAGUCGUUAGGAAAACAAUUGCCUUCCAAAAAAAAAUAUGUAUGGAACUACCGAAAUUCUCUGGCGUAUGCCAACUCAUUUCAUUAUACCAAAAACAACACUUUUAACAAAGUUUCCGAUCUACCGCCAACUGUUAUAUAUAAUCACUUUUAAGUCUUAGUUUGAUAAUAAAAUUUAUAAUUAGUUUUAAACUUUACAACCAAAA